UUAGGAUGAGAACGGUUAUUGGGUAGAAUCGAGAAUCAGGGAACUGAUUUGGCUCCGGAUUCUAAGGAGUCAUGGCUCGGUUCCCGUUCUAAUUUUUUCAAUCCUUCUCCUGCUUUCCUCUCCGAAAUCGCCAUCCGCACGAUCUCCCGUGCACCGGCUCCAUCACUGGCGACCGUUCUUUUCUCUCGUUCCAGCGCCUUCAACUUCUGCCAAGUGCCUUGUUACUCCCUUUGACUCACGGGUCGCGGCUUCGUCAUCGUCUGUGAAUCAGAAUAGAGCUCUCUGACGACAACGAGCAAGUGAAAAUGGCGAAACACGCCAUUGUUGUGCUACUCCUCUCUAUUGUCCUCUUCAUCCUUGCACAACAAUCAUCAUCUUCCCAGCCAUUUAAACCCAUCUCCUCCCAUCGUGCCCCAAAGUUCCUCGGCGGAUUUUCAACCUCCAAACCCUACCAUGACCAUAGCCGCAACCACAACCACCAACGGUUGGAGUGGCUCCGUCAGUACCCAUACGAGACGCGGUACUUCGAGCAGCGCCUUGACCACUUCAGCUUCUUAGAGUUGCCAACAUUCAAUCAGCGAUACCUCAUCAGCUUGGAGCACUGGUCUGGGCCCGGUCAGCUCGGACCCAUCUUUGUGUACUGUGGCAAUGAAGGCGACAUUGAGUGGUUCGCUGCCAACACGGGCUUCGUGUGGGAGAUCGCCCCAAGCUUUGGUGCCAUGGUGGUUUUCCCUGAACAUCGGUAUUAUGGCGAGUCGAUGCCAUUUGGGAGUCAAGAGGAAGCGUACAAGAAUGCUGCCACCUUGUCUUAUCUUACUGCAGACCAAGCACUCGCUGAUUUCUCGGUGUUGAUCACAAACUUGAAGCGAAACUUGUCUGCUGAGGCUUGCCCUGUUGUUCUUUUCGGUGGUUCAUAUGGGGGAAUGUUAGCAGCAUGGAUGAGGCUAAAGUAUCCACAUAUUGCCAUAGGCGCACUUGCUUCUUCAGCUCCGAUACUUCAGUUUGAAGAUAUUGUCCCACCAGAAUCGUUCUACGACAUUGUCUCCAAUGAUUUUAAACGUGAAAGUACUAGCUGCUUUAACACUAUUAAAGCAUCCUGGAAUGCAUUGAUAUCUGAAGGCCAGAAGGAGAAUGGUCUAUCGCAACUGACAAGAAUGUUCCGGUUAUGUCGGGAGUUAAAGAACACAGAGGAGCUGGUUAAUUGGCUGGAUUCUGCUUACUCCUACUUGGCAAUGGUCAACUAUCCAUAUCCUUCUGACUUUAUUAUGCCUCUACCUGGACAUCCUAUAAGAGAGGUCUGCAGAAAGAUUGAUGGUUGUCCAGAUGGGACUAGCAUUCUGGAACGUGUAUCUGAAGGUGUUGGUGUCUACUACAAUCACACUGGAGAAGUCAAUUGCUUUGAAUUGGAUGAUGAUCCUCAUGGCAUGAAUGGCUGGAACUGGCAGGCAUGCACGGAGAUGGUUAUGCCCCUGUCUAGUAGCCCAGAUACAAGCAUGUUUCCUACAUAUGAUUUUAAUUUUUCUGCUUUCAAAGAGGAGUGCUGGACUGAUUUCAAAGUCAAUCCAAGACCAAGGUGGAUAACAACUGAAUUUGGUGGGAAAGAUUUUAUGACUGAUUUGAAGACCUUCGGAAGCAACAUCAUCUUCUCAAAUGGCUUUCUUGAUCCUUGGAGUGGUGGCAGUGUGACCCAGAAUGUAUCUGAUUCUAUUGUUGCUCUAAACAUGCAAGAAGGUGCUCAUCACCUAGAUUUGCGUGCUGCAACGGCAGAAGAUCCCAACUGGCUGGUAGAACAGAGAGCAACUGAGAUCAGGGUGAUUAAGAAGUGGUUGAGCGACUAUUAUGAGGCGAAGGGAGCUAGUUUACUAUCUAAUGUUGAAACGGGCGACAGGGCUACAUCCAUGUAAACAUGUCCACAGCCAAGUAAAAUACGCAGAAGGCUACAUCCAUGUAAAUUGGUCCACAUACUAAAUUGAAAUGAUUUUAUGAUAACUGCGGGCAGUGGUUGCUCGGAGGGGGUACUAUAGACAAAAGUCAAUUCGUUUUAUAAUGGUGUUUACUGAGUAAUACAGAAUUGGCAGUUCCAUUACGAGGAAAGUUCUGUCGAUGAUUAUUAUUGUUAAUUUUUUUGGUGCUUUA